GAGGAUGAUUGGCAGGUCGCGUGGGGACGCCCCUUGGCUUGCCUCAGCUUGAGAGAACGAGAGGCCUGGAUCGCCUGGGCUUGGCCUUUUUUUCCCGUCCUCGUUUUCUUCUCUUCGCUGAGGAGACCUCACUUAACUAAUACUGUAAUUGUGGGAAGAAGACUCAUUCAAGAGGAUGAGUGAACUGGAACAGUUGCGGCAGGAGGCAGAACAGCUCCGGAGUCAAAUCAGAGAUGCCAGAAAAGCAUGUAGUGACACAACUCUUGCUCAGAUCACCACAAGUCUUGAUUCUGUGGGUCGAAUCCAGAUGCGCACAAGACGUACCUUGAGAGGCCAUUUAGCAAAAAUUUAUGCCAUGCACUGGGGAUCUGAUUCAAGGCUACUAGUGAGUGCUUCCCAAGAUGGAAAAUUAAUUAUUUGGGAUAGUUAUACCACAAACAAGAUGCAUGCUAUUCCUUUGAGAUCUUCCUGGGUAAUGACCUGUGCAUAUGCACCAUCUGGCAAUUACGUUGCCUGCGGUGGAUUGGACAACAUUUGCUCGAUAUACAAUUUGAAGACAAGAGAAGGGAAUGUACGAGUGAGCAGAGAGUUACCCGGCCAUACUGGGUACUUGUCCUGUUGUCGCUUUCUGGAUGACAACCAAAUAGUCACAAGCUCAGGAGACACUACCUGUGCACUGUGGGAUAUUGAGACUGGCCAACAGACUACUGCUUUUACUGGACACACUGGGGAUGUAAUGAGUCUUUCUUUAAGCCCAGACAUGAGCACUUUCGUUUCAGGUGCCUGUGAUGCAUCCUCUAAGCUCUGGGAUAUUCGAGAUGGGAUGUGCAGGCAGUCUUUUACAGGGCACGUGUCUGACAUCAAUGCAGUGUGUUUCUUCCCCAACGGCCAUGCUUUUGCCACUGGCUCUGAUGAUGCCACUUGUCGGCUCUUUGACCUGCGAGCUGAUCAGGAGCUUAUGAUGUACUCUCAUGACAACAUCAUCUGUGGAAUCACAUCAGUAGCUUUCUCAAAAAGUGGCCGUCUCUUGCUGGCAGGCUAUGAUGAUUUCAACUGCAACGUUUGGGACACCCUGAAGGGGGAGCGUGCAGGUGUACUUGCUGGUCACGACAACCGAGUCAGCUGCUUAGGAGUUACUGAUGAUGGCAUGGCAGUAGCUACAGGGUCUUGGGACAGUUUUCUCCGAAUCUGGAAUUAAUCUGGCAGCCAAAACACAGACAGAUAGACGUGCACACCUUCUCCACUGAGACCGGAGAGAUCAAUGCUGCAGCCUAUUGCUGUGAAAUAACACU